AUGACAACAGGUGAUAAGACUGGAACUGAGUGUCUUCGCUGUCAACGAUCCGGCCGAGAGUGCAUUCCCGCCCCAGUGAAGUCAGAGGAUAUCACCUUCCGACAUGGUCAGAACCCAUCUAUGCGGUCCGCAGGUCCGCCUCGGUACGGUGAAAGUGACUUGUCUUUCCCCGACGAUCAAGUUUGGAUGGGCGUGCCGCCUGACUUGUCCUUCGAAGACGAGACGGAACAAACAGCCUCUGACUAUUACGUUGUCUCAGCAGAAGCAUCACCAUCCGCUCCCAGAGGAAUGCGGAAGGCUCGAUUCAGUACUUCUACUUCGAGCAUACCUUCAAUACCGUCUCCUUCUCAAACAUUCGGUCCAAGUGGCGCGCGCAGGGUGUCCCAUGCGCGAACUCUUUCUUUGGACUCGCUUCUGCCACCUGAGACUCCCCGCGACAAUCCGAAGGUGGCGGACUUUAAUGAAGCAUUUCUUCUACGACACUUCCAGAAGACACUCGGCCCUUGGCUUGACUCGUGCGACCACGAAAGACAAUUUACAAUGGAUGUCGUGGAGCGCGCACCUUCCUAUCCUCUUUUACUCUACGCAUGUCUGGCCACCGCGGCCCGGCACCUCUCCCAAACGACGAACCUUGUUCCGCCGAAUACUGCAGACGAAUAUCACGAAAAAUGCAUUGCUAUACUACUUCCAGGCCUUGGGAAUUGGGAAUCGAGAAUAGGCCUCGAUAUCCUGCUGGCGUCAACCGUCAUACUCCGCUUCUUCGAGCAAAUCUCUUCGCACGCUCCGUCAAAUGACUCGCAACGACAUCUUCUAGCCGGCUCUGUGUAUAUAAGCUCUCACGUUGACUGUGCUGUGUCCGGUGGCCUUGCGGAAGCCUCAUUCUGGGUCUUUGUAAUGCAGGAUAUACAAUUUGCGCUGGCUUCUCAGAAUCCUCUUCGUCUCGAGCUGAGCGCAUUUGACGAAAAGCUACAACUGAUGUGGACGCACCGUGUAUCUCAAACCGACCGCGACUGGGCGCAUCGAGCGGUAUGGCUCUUAGCUGGAUCCAUUAAUUACUGUUAUGGUGUACACGAUCCUCAAACAGGUGCAACGGAGAGGGGCAUCUUAAAGCGCAAGAUAAAUGCUUGGGAAGCGCGGAAACCGGAUGGGUUCCGGCCGUUGCAUUUCUCUCUUGCUGACUCAAGAAUCGGAAGGCCCUAUCCUGUUGUUUGGUACACCAAAUCGCUAUACGCAAGCGCGGCGCAGCAUAUCUGCAUGGCAAAGGCUCUGCUAGAGGAGUACGAGCUCCGGAACAUGUACGCAAGUUCGAGCUCGAACCAAGAAGCUCGUGCAAUAGAGGUUCGUUUGCCUCGGGCUCAAGACAGCAGUCCAGCUUAG